AUGCCAACACCACAAGUGCAAGAAAUGACUCCUCCACAAGCGGAUGUAGUGCAAGAUUUGAUUACGCAACUCAGAGGAAUGCCUCGUCAACAAAGGGAAUGGGUUUGGAGUGAGGUGACUAGACGACAAAGAGAAACCAGAGCAACUGCGCCCGGAACUAUUUCCGAAACUCUGGAUAGGAGAAGCAAGAAUUAUGAAAUGUAUGCAGUGCUCUUGGUGAUUUUUAUAAUCCUUUUGGUAUACGUGAUCGUUGCUGUCGUCAAAGAUUUUACAAGUGAGGAUUACUUCUUGCAUUUUUUGGUAGUCGUUGCGGUGAUAGUGGGUCUCGACGAGUUGAAUACUUUCCUCUGGAACUGUCAAGUUUUUUCAAUAUGGGAGAUACUCGGCGUAUUCAUUCGUACUUUAUGCCUUGCGGCGUCAGGUUUUUUCGCUGCCCAUUACUACUCCCAAUCAACAGAAUCCAACUAA